CAUUUCUGCCGUGAAUACGUACAUCGACGAAGGGACCCUUGCAUGUGGAGGUACGGGGGUUCACUGCACAUACAUACAACACAAACAGCAAAUAUAUGUAUGACCGUUCCGAGGUGCAGAAACAGACGGAAAAGGGUGACUAUUUUUCCCUGUGCUAUGACAUGUGAAUCACCGAGGUUCUAUAUUUAACCGUCGCAUAUUGAUGUCUACAUAGUCACACAGUGCACAGGGCGGGCCUGAUCAAGUUGUGGAGCGACAAACAGCAACCCGCUCCUGGUUACAUCGGAUUGAGGACGCGGCUACACUAAGGAAAACAUGGCGUCGAAGAAAUUCUUGUAUAAGGUAGUACAGUUUGAAACAUAUGAAGAGGACUACUCCAUGCCAGAGUUCUUUGACCGGUACUCGGAGAAUAUGCCGAUAUUCGCUAUAGUGACACAAGGGUGCUAUGGGUUCACCGAUCUCGAGACCUUCUCCGCAGAACAGGCUCUGUUCUGCCACGGCUACACCAAGCAGAGACGGGUGGUCGCUCGUGACUCAAGAGGCAGGACAAUCAGCAUACCCGAGGAGUACCCCAUGAAGUUCAAGAUUGUCAUAUCAAGACAAAAGAUGGGACCAGAACAGACAAUGAAACAGAUCCUUCUUGAGAACAAACUGCCAGUGCAGGUCAGGUUUUCCGCCCCCGCAAACGUCGCCUUUUAUAUGGGAUCUGAUCGACAGAAGGCCAAGGACCUCAGUAAUCUCGCUCUGUCACAUAUCUACGAAGAGACCUUCAUCCUAGCUAAUGGAGUAUAUGGGCGGUCGCUUGACAUGAGCCCGAUGGUGGUUCCACUGUACAUUGAUGACUUGCACGUGUCCACGGUGAAGGGCGUCGUCGGUAUGGAGGAGGAGGAGUGGAAGACUCUGUAUGCUAAACUGAAGGAGUCUUUGAAAGACGUAAAGGUCCCUCCCAACAUGGGGAAUAAAGAGAUAGCAGUGUUUUCGGACAGCUCUGUGGUAGAUAAAGAGGAUCACAUCUAUUCCUACAUAGAGCCUUCUGAAUACAUCACCUUUGCACUCCUGUCUCAGGACAACGUCACUGAUGAUGAAAAGUAUGCCACUCCGUAUUUCCACAAGAGACGUCCACCUAAAGGAGACUUGGUGAACGAGUUACAGAAAAAACUAAAGAUCACUGGAACCGAAGACAAACCACAGAAAACGAGUGUAACAAAACUCACAAAGAGUGUCAGUACAACCAGUCAGGAUACCAGCUGCAGACCGAAACUUCCGCCAAGAUCGAUUUCCUUUUGUGAGGAUGCAAGCACCAAAAAAGUGAGCCAGGUACAGGGGAAAGAAAGUGAUGAUGUUCCUGCGCCUCCGCUGCCACCACGCAGUAAACCGGUGCCCAGUCAUCUCCAAUACCUCACAAUAGAGGGUUUGGCAAAAACUCUCAAGGCACUAAAACUGGACAAACAUGUUUCAAAAUUUGAAAAGAAGCAAGUAGAUGGGCUACUCCUUAACGAAUUCACAGAUGAAUUGUUAAAAAGAGAAUUUAAAUUUACAGACUUUGAAAUUAUCAAACUUAUGAAAUUCAUCAAAAGUGGUCACGUUCCACGGUGAAUUUGGACGUCUGUCAAGUAGAUAUUUUAGUCUUUCAAAAACAUACGUCUGAUCUGAUGAGAUGGCAGUGUGAGCAAGGCAUAAUUCAUCAGAACCAUGUUAGAUAUACGAGACAAUCUCAUUCUCUAUGGUGCAUAGUGUGAACUUCCAAUUCUCUGGGCUGGGACAAGAUGGAAUUGUUUUUACCAACAUAACCCAGUCUCUCCCUUCCUUCUAGGCCAAGUUUAACCUGUUUGGUGACAUUUUAAUCCUCAUUUUCGAAGUGUAAACGAAAUUUCACAGAUAGUGUAUGUGUCUUUAUUCAGCUAAUGCACCGGAAAUAUAUUACUGGUUUGUUCAAAAAAAUUAAAUGUCUGUUUGGUGGUACAAAUAAACAAAAAAAUAUAUACACACAGAAAAAGGUUAAGCACCCCCUGUAUAUUCUACAGGGCAUUGAAACCUUUAUAACACAACCUCGGAAAAACGAAUAUGGUUUGCAGGACAAUACCUCUGACAAUAAGAAAACAUAAAACCUUUAUCCUGUUUUGAGAUUUUUUAUCAUGAUUCUAACAAAAACUCAGAGAUGAUUCAAACACUUAGUUACAUCCUGCCAGUGGAACAUAUUCAGUACUUGAUCUGUCUUUCACAGAUUCAAACCUUUUUAACUAAUGUGUCGGGUCGGUCCGUGGUGACCUCUGUGGAAGCGAUCAUUUCCCCACCAUUCUUAAAGCAAUCUUCAUCUAGAUGACAGUUUAACACGGCCAUUUGGUCAGUAUAUGAACUAUUAUGAACUGUAAACUUAACCCCUGAACAAUUAAAUAAAAUGAAGAUCCGA